AUGCAGGGCUAUGAAGUCCAAGGUGAAAAGAUCCGGGUGCGGCGGCCUGCUACUUCCACAGCCGUUAACAAGUUUCUACGCCCUCGACUGCGGACUGGAACAGACGAUCGCUUCACUCACAGCAUUUCAGAGAGGCUACCCGACUUAUGCGAUGCAAUACAUCAACAAGAAAGAUUACUAGAUCAUGUUAUAUCCGUCCUUCCGCCUGGUCUAGAGCAAGAAGCAGUCCUUCAGAAGAGAUCAAAUGUGAAAUCGCAGCUUGAUAACGCCAUCUCCAGUAUGAAAACUGAAGUUUUACCACCCGCAGUGGCUGGCGAAACUCAGAGCAGACCACCUUCUAGCCGCGUUGAUCGGUCUCCGGGCUAUUUGGGCGAGGUCAGCGACAUUCGAUUUGUUAAUCUCGUGAAAAAAUUCUUUCAAAAUCAAGACGGAACCUCGAUGUCGCAGAAAGACUUUGAGAGCUAUGACCAAGGAGAGAGCCUUUUAUCGUCCAAUAAGGUCCCUUGUCCAGCCAUUCUGCUGCCUGUCUUCGAAGAGGCUAAACAUUACAUUGAUGCUUACUUUACAACCAUCCAUAUAGCCUAUCCUUUUAUUCCAGAAUCACCCUUUAUAGAGCAUUAUAAGACACUUAGAGACCACAAGAGCCGCAACAGCAACAUCGAAACAGCGCUAUCAUCGCCAACUUCCACCAUGGAACGUUCACUCGCUCAGGUUUCACUCCUUUUGGCGAGAUGUUUCUAUCUCCUAGUUGUAUGCAGGACAGAAAGCUGUUGGACAAUACUUGGCCAAGCAGUUCGUGUUGCUCAAAGCAUUGGGCUACACAUAGAAAACGAGGAGUCGGACAACAUAAAAUCCCGUCAUUCGCCGGAAAUUGAAAAGCGACGCCGCGUAUGGUAUUCUAUCUACGUAUUGGACCGACUUCUUUCACUACAGCUUGGCCGACCACCAGCGAUCCAUGAUGAUGACUUCAACGUCCCGUUGCCCUCCCGAGCUAGUGAUGCCGAGAUCGAUUGGACGGGCGAAGUUAUUGAGGAGAAGACCAGCAGUAGUAUAGCAUUGGGAGACUAUUUCAUUGCAGUAAUUGCUUUCUCGGAAAUUGUUGGCCGAGUUCUCCGAAGCUUGUAUUGCCCAAGACGAAGCCACUUCGCCUCCGAGGAUUUGCUCAACACAAAAGAUCUCGAUCGACAACUUGUGGAAUGGAAAUUAGCCCUCCCAAGAGCUCUUCGUUUUGAUCUAGGACAUACGUUUGAGCAAUUACAGAUUUUCAAGAGACAGGCAAGUUCAUUUCCCCCUUCCCGAUAG